UGAUUUUUCAAGGUAAUCGAAUACUGUUAUCAACCACUUUUUGGCUAGUUAUUUGUAAUCAAAAAUGCCUCUUUUCCAACGAAAAUUCAAUGUACCAAAGUUUCCUGCUCGAAAAGCGUCUAGUAUGACAAAUUUAUCACAUCUAGAUUCAACUACGCGAAGUCAAGAGUUCAGCAUGGAUUUUGGACCUAUUAGAACACGUUUAAGUGGACGAGAUCUUGUAUUCCGUAAUGGACAGUGGAUCAUUGAAGGAGAAAAUGGGGUGUCAAAUGAUGAAUCUGGAAAUGCAACUCAGUUAGGUCGUGAAACAUUUCGCAUUAAAAAAGAAAAUCAUCAAUUAAUUGAAGAAAAUAAUUUGUUAAAGUUGAAAAUUGACAUACUCUUAGAUAUGCUCGCUGAAACUACAGCUGAAGUACACUUACAAGAGAAUGAAAUUGAAAAUCUACGUAAUACAUUGCACAAAAAACCAAACACAACAAUUCAAGUUGCUUAAUUAUAAUCUUUGAUGUUUUUAUUCUUAUUAAAAAUCUUCACAUUAGAAUAAUUAAAUUCGUGUGAAAUUGUUCUUUGUGAUAAUAUUCCAUUAUUAAACAUAAUUUUGACAUGAACUAAACACUUUUAAAAAUGGAACGCUUUAUCAACAAAAAAAACUAAAAACAUAUCAUUCCUAGUUUGCAUUUCUUUUACUUUUCUCUCUCUCUCUGUAUGUUCUCUCAUUGGUAAUAUAUCUGUGUGAUUUGUGUAAACGUCAGGAAUAAAUUUUAUUUAUACUAAAA